AUGGACCCCAACCGUCUUGAUCCGACACAGCAGGGUCAGGGCCAGCAAGGCCCGGGGGGUCGUCGCCUGCACAUCGCCCACCGGCGCAGCCCGUCCGAAAUGACGCCUUUGAUGAUGGAACAACUCGCCCUUGCGCAGCAAAUUGAGAUGCUACAACAGCAACAGCAGCAGAUCGCCGCUACACACCAGCAAUAUGUCAAUAUGGGUAUGAUACCACAACAGCAGCAACUACCCACGCAGUUCCAGCAACUGCAGGGACAAAUGCAGAACUUAAGCAUGUCCCCGACCAGUGCUUUCCAGUUCCAGCAACAGCCCAUGGGACAACCGCAGCACCUUGGCAUCCCCAUGACUAGUGGUAUGGCAGGUGCCUCCGCACAUCGCCGCAAUCAGUCCGCUCUGCCUAAUAUGGGCAUGGGUACUGUGGGCACUAUGGGUCCGCCUCCUGCGCCCUCCAGUGGAGCUUCUGGUUCAGGGUUUCCGAGUGACUUCGGCUUUCCUGGCCAAGGCAGGAGCGAGAACAAUGCACCCCGCGGUGGCGGACGGGCUGGCGGUGCCGCAGGCGGUGGUGCAGGUCAUGCAAGACGACACUCGCUGGCGCUGCCAGAAGCAAAGAAGGCGGCUGAGCUGGCCGAGGCGAAGCGGAAGACUAGUGGCUUUCAAUUUCCAAUCCCGGGUGCCGGCGGUGCUUCGCCUUCCACGAGUAACAGAUCGGUGAGCCCUGGUCAAGUGCAGACUGAUUCCGUGCAGGCGCCGCAGAAUACUGCCUCUCGAGGCGGGGUGGGCGGGCGCGGACAUGGCAGAAGUCAGAGCAUGGCAAUCGGCAACGGUCGUGGCAUGGCUCAGAGCAGUCGUGGCGGACCUGCGGGCUUCCAGUUCCCGCCACCUCAAGCGACCAACAACGCCGGCGCGAACACCGACCUUGAACGCCGCGGCAGCCAAGGUCAUGGACGGACCGCUUCUCGCAACUUCGAAGGUAACUGGCGCCAACAGAACAACAAUAACAACUUCACUCAGACGCCUACUGCAAGCGAGCCGCAGCAUCAGAACAUGGGUAACUUUCAGAUGAAUCAACAUACCACGGCCCAGCCGUUCCAGCCCGGUCACCGCCAGCGUGGCUCGUUGCAAGCGCAGUCAAUGGGCGGGCUUGGAGGCUUCCAGUACCAGCCUCAGCCUCAGCUCGUGCAGCUGCCACAGGGCCAAGUGCUGGUUCAGCAGCCCAACAUCUUUGCUGGACAACAGCUCAAUGCUCUUCAGCUUGCACAGCUGCAGGCCUAUCAACAAGCAGGCAUUCCGGUCGCGAAUGUUGCUCAGCUGACUGGCCAGCACAAUGGGCCAACAUUUAGCAAUCAGCAGCAGCAGCAGCGCAAGACACUGUUCACUCCAUACCUGCCGCAGGCGACUCUGCCGGCUCUCCUGGCUGAUGGUCAGCUCGUUGCUGGCAUUCUGCGUGUGAACAAGAAGAAUCGGAGUGACGCUUACGUCACGACUACCGAUCUCGAUGCGGACAUCUUCAUCUGCGGCAGCAAAGAUCGUAAUCGGGCACUUGAAGGCGAUCUUGUCGCCGUUGAGCUUCUUGACGUCGAUGAGGUCUGGGGACAGAAGCGCGAGAAGGAAGAGAAGAAGAAGCGCAAGGAUGUCACGGAUCAGCGUAGUGGCAGCAUCACGGCGGUCAACGAUGCUACAACGGCACCGGAGAGCUCCGCACAAGACAGUGGGCUCCGCAGGCGUGGAAGCUUGAAGCAGCGCCCUACGCAGAAGAAGAAUGAUGAUGUGGAAGUUGAAGGGCAGAGCUUGCUACUGAUGGAAGAAGACGAGAUCAACGACGAACAAAAGCCGUUGUACGCCGGCCAUGUCGUCGCCGUCAUUGAGCGUGUCCCGGGCCAGAUGUUCUCGGGUACGCUUGGUCUGCUGCGUCCCAGCAGUCAAGCCACGAAGGAGAAGCAAGAAGCCGAGCGACGCGAGCGGGAGGGUGGUAACUUUAGUCGGCCCGAACGCCAGAACGAGCGGCCUAAGAUCGUGUGGUUCAAGCCGACGGACAAACGUGUCCCGCUUAUCGCCAUCCCAACCGAGCAGGCGCCUAAGGACUUCGUGGAGCGCCAUCAGGACUACGCGAACAAGAUCUUCGUGGCGUGCAUCAAGCGCUGGCCGAUCACCAGUUUGCACCCAUUCGGUACAUUGGUAGAGCAGCUGGGUGAUGCCGGUGACCUUAGGGUGGAGACCGACGCUCUCCUGCGUGACAAUAAUUUCGGACCUGACGACUUCUCCGAAGCGGUGGCCAAGAGUGUCGGAUACGAAGAAUGGUCUGUUGCCGCGGAUGGCGAGGCCGCACUGGCCGGCCGUCGUGACUUCCGUGACGAUAAGACGUUCACGAUCGAUCCGAACGGCAGCAAAGAGCUAGAUGACGCGUUACAUCUUAAGGACUUGGGAGACGGGAUGGUGGAGAUCGGCAUCCAUGUCGCGGACAUGGCGCAUUUUGUGAAGGCUAACUCGCUGGUCGACCGCGAGGCGAAGAAGCGUGGCACAGGCGUGUACUUGAUGAAUAGGAGCGUCAAUAUGCUGCCGCCGAAGCUUUCGCAGGAGAUAUGCUGUCUCAGCCCGGGAGAGGAGAGGUAUACCGUUUCCGUCGUCUUUAAGGUCAAUGCGGCUACUGGCCGCGUUGUGGACGAGCAGACGUGGAUCGGCAAAGGCGUGAUCCGGAGCGAUGGCAAACUGGCGUACGAGGAGGUCGAUGCGGUUAUCAACGGCAAGCCUUCUUCUUCUUCCAUCGACGAGGCGCGGAAGCAGCAGAUCCUCAUGCUGUACGGCAUCACGCAGAAGUUCCGCCAAGCUCGGUUUGGAGGAGCGGACGUGGUGGACGUUCAGCCACUGCGGCUUUUCUAUCAGCUCGACGACGAGAAUGUGCCAGUCGAGCAGAAUAUCUUCGAUUCGAGCCCCAGUCAUGAGAUGAUUGAGGAGCUGAGCCACAAAACGAAUGCCAUGGUGGCUGAGCGCAUCUUCGCGGCGAUGCCGGACCGGGCUCUCCUGCGUAGACAAGCGAACCCGAACCCACGCCGCCUCCAGACUUUCGCGGAGCGAAUGUCGAAUAUCGGCAUUGAGAUCGACAUUUCCAGCUCCGCCGCGCUGCAGAACAGUCUCUUCCGCAUUGAAGACGCCGACAUUCGCAAGGGCAUGGAGACGCUCGUCAUCAAGUCAAUGUUGCGCGCGAAAUACUUCGUUCCGGCCAAGAUUCCGGAUGAGUUCUUGAGCCACUACGCGCUAAACCUGCCGCUAUACACCCAUUUCACCAACCCUUCGCGCCGCUACGCCGACAUUGUCGUGCACCGCCAGCUUGAAGCCGUGCUUUCCAACAAUCCGGAGAUGUUCACGGAAGAUCUAGAAAGUCUGGCGAAGACAGCCGAGACGUGCAACACGAAGAAGGACUCCGCCCGCGCGGCGCAAGAGCAAAGCGUGCAUAUCGAGUCGUGCCGCGCCAUGGCUCGUAAAGCCGAUCAGCAAGGCGGCGACCUCAUCUCCGUCGGCAUCGUGGUCUGCGUGUACGAGUCCGCGUUCGAUGUGUUGAUCCCAGAGUAUGGGUUCGAGAAGCGCGUCCAUUGCGAUCAACUGCCGCUGAAGAAGGCGGAGUUUGACAAGAAUAAGCGGUUGUUGGAGCUGUACUGGGAGAAGGGCGUGCCGAGUAGUGCGUUUGUGCCGGAGGAUGAGCGGCCGGCUGCUGCUACGGGCCGUGAUCGUACGACGCCGCAGCGGCACCAGCAGCAGCAGCAGCAGCACACUGGCGCCGCAAGAGCACACAAAACCACCAGUUCUACGAUCGCGGAGACGGCGAGGAAGGAUAUGAAUACUGGAUCCAUCGACACGCAGGAUGUCGACGCCCUCUUCGACGACGAGGAAGAGGAGGAGGGCGAGAUUGAUGAAGGCUACUCCGAGCGCGACCACUACAACUCCGGAGUCGCGCUCAACGGCGACCGUGCGACUCAGUCCGGUCCUCCGAGUCCAGCAAGGAAUGGGUUGACGCCACAAAGGAGUAAGUCCGAUUCGAAGGUGCUGAGUAACAUGGCUGCCGGUGCCGGUGGUGCGUCGGAGAGUAAGAUGAGCAACAAGGAGAAGUAUUUGGGCUUGUUUAGUCUGCGGGAGGAGGGUGGGCAGUGUAUUCAGGAUGUCAAGGAGAUGACGAGGGUGCCGGUGCUGUUGAGUACGGAUCUGGGGAAGAGUCCGCCGUACGUCUUCGUCGCCGCUUCUUCUUGA